UUCAGGCACUUUGUCUCUGCUGUGACUCCAAGCAUGUGUUCAGUGGGUGAGGGUCAGAGAGGCAGGAGAAGAAGUGCCUAAACUACAGCGGAUGGAGCUGACUGCAACUGUCUAUAUUUGGCAAACAUCUUGACACUUUAUGAUGUGAUGAGGUCAAGUGAUGAAGCGGAAAUUACCAUAUGGCAGAAGCAGGGGCGUGCUUGGGCCAGUUUAGGAGUGUGGUGUAAGGUUGUCGUCUGUAAGGAAGUGGCUGUGACAGGUCGAGGAGAGCCGGCAAAGGUGUGGCCUCACAAGAACAGCAACACAACGUGCAGGUAGACGGCAUAAAGCCUGAUCAGAGCCCUGAUCUGCUUCUUUACAGAGACUGUCUGCACUUGGAUAAUGACACGAUCACUCCUAUUGUGGGCUCUCAUCCUAAAUGCCUCUCUAAAGUCCUCAGAAAGUCACAGUCCUGAGUUUGAAGUGGGAAAAGACUAUGAGCUGGUUCGACCUGUUAGACUUCACACAGUGAGAAAAAGACAUGCAGAGAACCUCCGACCACUGACGACUAAAUAUGCAAUGACGGUGGGAGGAAAAGACAUUGAAAUAGAACUGGAAAAAAAUAAUGAAUUACUCACCAGUGGAUACAGUGAGACGUACUAUCAAGAUGAUGGAACUCGAGUCACCACAGUCCCACAUGACAUUGAUCACUGCUACUACCAUGGGAAGAUUGUGAAUGACAGUGAAUCAUCUGUUAGCAUCAGCACUUGUGAUGGGCUCAGGGGUUACUUCAGAACAUCUGCCCAGAGAUACUUGAUUGAACCCCUGUCUGGUGACGAUGAAGGGGACCAUGCAGUGAGAACUCUUAAUGACAAGACUCCAACACCUGCUGUAUGUGGCGUCACCAACACCAGCUGGAGUGAUGACUUUGAACCUCCAACAAGCCGCAGCCGUUCCAGAUCAGCGGGUACAUCUAUUGUCCAGCAACAGAAAUACAUUGAGCUCUUCCUUGUUGCUGAUAACCGUUUGUACCUUAAAAUGAACAAAGACCUGACCGAGCUGAGAAAGAGGGUGUUUGAAGUAGUCAACUUUGUCAACAUGGCAUACAAACCCCUGAGGACCUUCAUUGCUCUCAUAGGUCUGGAAGUCUGGUCUGACAGGGACCUAAUCUCCGUGACUCCCCCAGCUGGGGCAAACCUGGAUGCUUUCAUGAACUGGAGGAACUCUGAGCUGAUGAAGAGAAAACCACAUGACAACGCCCACCUCCUCAGUGGUAUUGACUUUGAAGGAGCGACUGUGGGUCUUGCCUUUAUCGGGACUCUCUGCUCUGGUCACUCAGUCGGUGUAGUGCAGGAUCAUAAUGACAAUGCUAUUGCAGUGGGAGCGACACUGGCUCAUGAGAUGGGUCACAACUUGGGUAUGAACCAUGAUGACUCCAGUGCCUGUGCUUGCUCUGGGGAUAGCUGCAUCAUGGCUGCAGCCCUCAGCUAUAAUAUUCCUCGCACCUUCAGCAGCUGCAGCAGCAGCAGCUAUGAGAGGUACCUGACAGACCGCAACCCCAGCUGCAUACUGGACAAACCUGACUUCAAGAGUUUAGUGGCUCCUGCAUUCUGUGGAAAUGGCUUUAAGGAGAAUGGGGAGGAAUGUGAUUGUGGCACUGUGAAGGAGUGCACCAACCCAUGCUGCAAUGCCACCACCUGCACCCUGACGGCUGGUUCACAAUGUGCCGAAGGCGAGUGCUGUGACAACUGUAAGAUCUUGCCUCGCUCCAGGGAAUGCCGCAGGAAGCAGAAUGGCUGCGAUCUGGCAGAGUACUGCGAUGGAAAGAGCUUCACCUGUCCCGAGGAUGUGUUUGCUGUAAAUGGGCUCCCAUGUGACGGAGACCUGGGAUACUGCUUCAAUGGCCAGUGUCCACAGAGAGAAAACCAGUGCAUCAGACUCUAUGGAUCUGGUGCCAUAGAGGCCCGUCAGUCCUGCUACAGCCAGAACACCAGAGGAUCAAACUUUGGCUUCUGCAAACGUCUCUCAAACGACCAGUUUAUCCCCUGCCAACAAGCAGAUCUUUUAUGUGGGAAAUUAUUCUGUCACAAUGGUAAUGCCAACCCAAACUACGGCCGCAUGCUCAUGAUUGGGGAUUGCAAGGCAGCUUUCUUUGAUGACUACACCCAAGACUAUGGCCAGGUGGAUGCAGGGAGUAAAUGUGGAGAUGGAAAGGUGUGCAGCCAGAAUCAGUGUAUGACUCUGGAGACAGCAUACAGAAAUGUGAACUGUUCAGCAAAAUGCCCAGGCCAUGCUGUGUGCAAUCACAGAAGUGAGUGUCAGUGUGAGCCUGGCUGGUUGCCUCCUAACUGUGAUUCAAAGGAUGCAAGUUUCAAUUCCCUGCCUAUAGGGACUACGAUUGCUAUCACUAUUUCGGCUAUCCUAGUGGUCUUAGGUGUCAUUUUUGGUACGGUGGGAUUCAUAUGGAAAAAACGGCAAAGUCCCAUAUUACCAACCACACAGACGCAGAGGAAGCAGCCAGCAGUGAGCAGUUCAGCCCCUCACAUCAACAAGUUGACUGUUGGUCAACCCAUGUCAGUCAGACAGGCUCCAGUACCAAAGCCCAACAGAGCUCCACCUCCACCACCUCCAGCAGGAAACAGGCCUAAACCCCCAACUCAGACCUACAUAGCUGCACGUCAGGCUUUGAGACCAGUACCUCCUCCAAAGGUCUGAUGUGCAACAGGGCCAACUGUUCACAAACCAGCGGAGGUUCACCUUUUGCCUUCAGCAAGAGGCUGCUGGUGAUCCACAGAGGCAGAGCUGUCCUGUCUCCACAUGUUACUCCAGUGCUCUUCAGUGCAGUGCUAGAGCACCAAGGGUUUUAUAUCUGCAAGGAGAAACUGGACUCUAACACUGGUGUGCCAUGCAGUGGGGACUUUGUUGCAGGGAUUCACUUUUUGUUUGAUAAAUCGGUUUUGUUUUUUAUUUUUUAUUUUUUAUUUUUUUUUACACUACUGGGCUUCAGUCAGUGCUGGCAGAAACAGGCCAGGCGUUGAAUGUGAGCCAUACGUUUUCAAGAUAUUUUUCAUCACACGCUUUUAACUGGUUUUAAUUGUCAAGCAUUGCAUUAAACUGUGUCACACUGGCUUUGCUGUGAUGGUUAAGCAUUUCUAGCACUGUGUGUGACUGCAACCUGAAAUUACCCUGCCACACACUUUUGUGUUCACUUUGUCUUUGUUAAAAAUACUGUGAAAUAAGUUGUUUAUAUUUAUAUUUUGUUUAUAAAAAUUAUAGUUACAUUAUGUAGAGUACAAAUGAGCAGUAUUUUUAAGUAUUUUCUGCAUCAUUUACAAGUGCAUCACUUCAUUAAAGAUAUUUUCUAUAAAAAUAUAUACUGCAUGUAAAAUAUGUAACAUUGUCAGGAUAAAUACACAAAUUGUUUGCUACUGGAUUAAAAUAAUUUUGAGCUGAAUAAACUGCCAUCAAAG